UUAGAUAGAAAGCAUUAAUAAUAUUUAGAUGAGAUCAAAUUAUAAUGAAAAAUGAUACAUUUCAUAAUUGUGGCAGCAAUUUAAAUAUAUUUAAGUAGCAUUUAAAUUUAAAUAUUAGCUAUUAAUGAAUAAAAUUAUAUUCUUCAAUGUUGAUAAAUGUUUAGGUAGUGCAGUCUGGAGUAAGUUGACAUCAUUAAGCGAAAACUACAUUAAAAAUUAAAUCAUACAGUCACCAUAAUCAUCAAUAUAAAAAAAUUAAUACAUAGCUUCAAAUAAAAUAUCAACAAUUUUGUUUGAACUUAUGUAUAAAUUAUUUAACAAAUAUAUAUUUUUCAUAUUUCCGUGACCAACCACAGUUCACAUUUAUUUUGUUUAUGAUUUAAUUUAAGUAGAAAUUAUUUUGAUUUAGGAACAAAAUGAAUAAUGGUACAUAGAAUAUAGUAUAAUUAUUUUAAAUAAAAUAUAAACUAUUUUAUUAGUAAUUUUAGCUAUUUCUCUGACCACCACACUGUAUAUUUCCUUUACUUGAACUCUUUUGUAGCACUAUAAGUAAUUUAUAAUAUAGUCCAAUAAAAUAGUUUAUUUUAAAACUGUUGUUAAAAUAUUAGACAUACAUUUUAUUAUUAUUAAUUCAAUUAUCGUUGAUAUAAAACUAGGUUGAAUUUUGAUAAAAACCAUUUAAAUGCAAAUUUCGUAUGAGUUAAAAAAAUUUGAUUCAAAUUUAACGAUAAACUAACAUUAGUAAGUGCACUUUAUGUAAAUUAUUUUUCUUUUAUUUACAUAUAUAUAGCAGAGCCGAUUUUCUUAAUUUUCAUUCUAAAAUUUACAACUACGAAGAUGUUUAAAUACAUAAUUUUUAUAUAUAGUUCUUAUGUGGUAUCAGUGCAAUGUUACAAAAUUGUCUGGGACAAUUCAGUUGAUUUCGACUUUAAUAACUUCGACGAUUCCAAUAGAUUGGGGGAAGUUAGAAUGCCCAAUUGGUUUUUUAUUUAUCCAGGAACAAAGUGGUGUGGAGCUGGAAACAUUGCGGACAACAACAGUGAUCUUGGACUGCACAGGGACACCGACAAGUGCUGCAGGACUCACGACAUGUGCCCCGACAUAAUAGGGGGCCAUCAAACUAAAUACAACCUGACAAACCCUUCUUUUUACACGAGAUUAAACUGCGAUUGCGACAAGGAGUUUUACAAGUGCUUAAAAUCCGUCAACUCAAGAGUAUCAACGCAAAUCGGGCACAUCUACUUUACAGCUUUGGGCACCCAGUGCUAUGAGAAUCAAUAUCCAGUACAGGAGUGCAGUAAAUACACUUAUUUCCCGAAACGGAAAUGUGUCCAAUACGAAUACAACAAGGAAGCCAAAAAAGUGUAUCAGUGGUUCGACGUACCCAACUUUUAAAUACUUAACAAAUAAAACAAUCAAAUGAA